CAAUGCGUACCGUUCAUGGCUGCUUGUUUUGUGAUUACCAUAUUUGGUAUCUUCCUAGAAACAAAAGUUAUGUUCAUUGUAGGAGGAUUAAAUGAACUAAUGGACUAUGUUAUCUAUCUGUAUGUCAUAUGGAGUUUGACAACAAUGAUGGUUGGCUAUUUGGUGUUACGUCUCUGUUGCAACGCGCAUGCUCAUUCAAAGCAAUCAGCUAUGAUUAUUCACGAGAUUAUGCAAAAAAAACCAUCUUUUAUGUUGGGAAAUAGUUCUUACUAUAAUAAAAUGAAAUCAUUUACAUUGCAGUUUUUGCAUUGGGAAGGCUAUUUUCACUUCAACGGCAUAGGUCUUUUCGCAUUGGAUUACACGUUCAUUUUUUCGACUGUCAGUGCCGCUACCUCCUACUUAAUUGUGUUGCUGCAAUUUGAUAUGACGGCGAUUUUAAAAAGCGAGGGACUCACGCCCAAAACCUUAGGUGCAGGAACGAACUAA